CUCUGCCAUUGUUCAGGUUCAGCCGCGUGCAGCGGUCAAGCUGAACUCUUUACCAAGGUGCUUUGGAUAGACAGAUCUGUUCCUACAACCCUAUAAAUGCAAGAGUGCUCACUCCUCUACUCAAAAGAUUCUGGUGUUUUGGCCCCGUGUCCACAUUGCAACUGAGACCUUCCACCAUGAAGCUCUUUUCCUACCUCAUGGCUCUCCUCCUCCUCCAGGCUGUUCCAGGUCUCGGCUUGCCCAAAGACACCUUACGUUGUCUCAGAUACCACGGCUUCUGCUUCCGAUCCAAAUCCUGCCCAAAGCCAUUUGCUGCAUUUGGAACCUGCUCUUGGCGUCAGAAAACCUGCUGCAUAGACACGACAUCAAACUUCCAUACUUGUCAAGAUGAGGGAGGUCAUUGUGUGCCUCCAGAAAUCAAAUGUCUGCAAGAACAAGUGGGACUUUGCCCUCACGGAGAAUGGAAGUGCUGCACAGAAUUGUAAUAAAGACCUCACAGAACUGAAGAAAACCACAGAAGUGCAUGGACAGGCAAACAAACAAGUUCUCUUCCUAGUGUUGUAGGGAAGACAUCUGUUUUUCUCAACAUGAGAAGCGUAUAAUUAACUAGAGAAGAUAUGUUUCUUUAUAUAAUCAAGGUAAUAAAUACUGAAUAAACGUGUAAAA